AUGGGAAUCACCAACGACGCCGAGGUCAGAUCGUGGGUGCAGCGGCGCCACAAGGAACUCCAAGCCGCUGGCAUCUGCUUCGACUCGUAUGACAAGCACAAUACAGGCUACCGCCUCAUGUACGCGCCAUGGUCUCGCGCCUUUCUCCUCGACGAGUGGGAUGGGCAGGACCUCUCCCAGAAAGGCGCAGAGCUGCUCCUGGCCAAGUACGGCGAGCCCCCGAUGGUUGAGGACCACGACGAUUUCGAUGUCGAUAUCCAAGCUUCCGAGUCUGUCUCUAACGCCGGCGACAGCUUCACGGCCACGAUCGAAAUGCACCGCGCCAAGAUCGACGAAGGGACUCAGCAGCUCAUCGAGUGGAACGUGAUGAUUCUUCAAAUAUACCGCUUACUGAUUGAAGAUGAGGACUGCGAUGAUGAUAGGCAGGGGUUGAUGGGAAUCCUGGAUCAGUUGUUUGAGAAGAGACGUGAGUUGGUGUGGGAGAUGAGGGAGACAGAGGAGGAACUUGAUGAUGCUUAUAAUCUUUUAUUAAGGGCUUAUUCAUCUUCCCCACCUACUAGAACAUUAUACCAGAGCUGA